AUGGAAGAGACAGAUACAAAAUUUAUUCUUUCAAUUGACGGAGGUGGAAUUCGAGGUCUAGUUCCUGCCAAAAUACUCACAGAAAUUGAAAAACGAGUAACUGAAGAAUUAAAAAAAGAAAAUCCUAAUGCUGAUAUGAGAUGUGCUGAUUUUUUUGAUAUCCUUGCAGGAACUUCAACUGGUUCUAUACUUGCUUUAGCUUUAGCUGUACCUGAAAAUGAUCGUCCAAAAUAUAGUGGUUCAUUUAUGGUGGAUUUUUUUCAAAAACAUGGAAAUGAUGUUUUUCCUAAUUAUUCUCCUUUUGGACAUGUUGAUAAUUUAUUGAAGAAUAUCACUAAUGUAUUCAAAGGAGUUGAUUUAUCCCACAUGGCUACUAAUGUCGUUAAUGUUGUUAAAGAAGAAACUCUUAAAAUCGAGACGAAUAUUACAAAUAGAUCUGUUAGUAAAGAUAAUAAUGGAUCUGAUGGUAAAGCUGAAAAAAAAGGUUUUAUUGAAAGAUUUAUUGAUUUUCUAAGUCCAAGUUCAAAUUCUCCUGACAAAGAUAAAAUGAUUCAAAAUAAUGAAACUAAUAAUAGAGACAUUGGUGAAAUUAAGAAUAAAGUGGAACAAAGUGUUUCAACAAGUAAAACUAAUGUAACAAAAAGUAACACUGAAAUUGUAACUACUGACGUAUCUAUCGAUGUAACUACCACAAAUGAUGAAAAAACUUUUAAGGAACAUUUAUUUGAAUUACAAGAAUUUUUAAAAUCUUAUGAUCCUUUUGGUCCGAAAUAUGAUCCAUCUGGUUUUGAAAAAUUAUUAAAUGAAAAUUUUAAAGAUCUUAAACUUAAAGAUGCUGUAAACGGUGUAAAAGUAUUUAUUACUUCUUAUAAUCUCUCCCAAGGUAAACGUGUCUUUUUUACAAAUUUAACCUCUGAACAUGAAGAUAAUUUAAUGAAAGAUGUUGUACGUGCAAGUGCUGCUGCUCCAACUUUUUUCCCUGCCAAAAAUUUAUCUAGUAAAUAUUAUAUAGAUGGUGGUGUUUUUAUGAAUAAUCCAACAUCUAAAACUUAUCUUGAAGCAAAAAAGAAGUAUCCAAAUUCAAAAUUUGUUGUUAUUUCUCUUGGUACUGGAUAUUACCCAAAACCUUUAGAAAAAUAUAAUAAUGCUGGUAUAGUUCAAUGGGUAAGUCCCUUAAUUAGUCUUUUGAUGGACAUGGAACAAGUAAAUCAUCACAACACUAUGAAAAUGCUGGCUGAAUUUGAUGGAACAACAUAUUAUCGGAUUCAACCUGUAAUGGAUCAAGAAUUGAAUUUAGCUGAUGUAGGGGAUGAAGAUGUUAAGAAACUUCUUGCACUAGGUGAUAAAGCUAUAAAUGAUCCUGAUAGUAAGUUGGAUGAAAUAGUUAAUUUGCUGGUUGAUAAAUGUAAAAAAAAAUAA